UGAAAAUCCCCAAUCCAAUAUCAACGCACACUUCAACUUCUGAGCCUUAAGCAAGGAGCUCAACAAUUUAAAUGAAAAAAAAAGAAGUGUAAAAUUUAUAUCUGUUUGAACAAGUUGAGUGCAGAUUAUAGGAAUAAGGGUUGGCAUUGGUCCCUGUUUUGUUGCAGGUAAGCAAUGUAAACGGGAGAGAAAGGUAGCUUUCAUGGCGUCGAAUACCGCUAAAGUUCAGCUCUUUGGGAUAUGGGCUCUCUCUCUCUUUCUCUCUGGUAAGUCCAAAGUUUUGUUCUCAUUGUUUGUCUUCGCCCUUUUCACACCUCGUCCGUGUUCUUCUGCACAUCAUAACCCUUUUUCUCUUCUUCACCUUUUUUUUUUGUUUUUUGUUUUCCUUCGUACUCUGACCUCUCUCGUUGUUUUUCAGGCACCUGUCAUGUUCUCAUUUCUGUCUCUCUCUCUCUCCCCUUUUCUUCUAUCUACCCACAACUAACCUUGCUUUUGAUCGUUUCCGUUGUAUUGAUUAAAAUGCUGUGAUGUGCUAUGCUUACUAGUCCAACCUACUCUGGAACCCUCAUUGUUGUUUGUGUAUAUUAUUAUUGACUGUUUCACGAGACAAGGUUGUGGCAUUGUUUAUGUAAUAAUCAGUGUUCACUGUUGAGUUGUUUUUGUGAGUUUCAGAAUUUAGAUGAUUGGUUUUUGGCUUGCACAGACGUGUUUCUCAAUUAAAGGUGUGCGUGUCCCCAUCAUGAAGGCGUGAGCUGAGAAUUGAUCGUUGUUGACUCGCUUUUUCAACGGAUAAAAAGAUCCACACUUUUGUUCUUUUUCUCUGGAUUGGUCUUCUUUUGAGUUAUUCACUUUCAAGAUGUUGUGCGCUUGCUCCGGGGAGCAAUUCAAAUUGGAGGAGGCGCCGCCACAGUCACCGGAUUCUCUGGCGACAAGGGAUUUCUCAGCCGGUGGACUUUCUUCCAGGACUGCGGAUUGGGAACCCAAAAUCGAUGAUACCCAAGUUGACGAAGUAGAGUCCACUCUUAAAGAAGCUCUUUCCUUAAACUAUGAGGAAGCCAGGGCUUUGCUGGGGAGGCUUGAGUAUCAAAGAGGGAACUUUGAUGCUGCUCUUCAAGUAUUUCAAGGCAUAGACAUCAAGGGUUUGACCCCUAGGAUGGUCAGAGCCAUAGCUGAAAGAACCAGGCAAAGAAAACCACGUUCCAAGGCAGACAUUGUGGUUGCCAAUGUGAUGUCAUUGCAUUCAGUAAGCCUCCUUCUUGAGGCAAUUUUGCUUAAAGCAAAAUCAUUACAGGAACUUGCCCGAUAUAUCGAGGCUGCAAAGGAGUGCAGAAUAAUUGUGGAUACAGUUGAAUCUGCACUUCCUAAGGGAAUGCCUGAGGGUAUUGGUGAAGAUUGCAAGUUGCAAGAAAUGUUCCACAGAGCAUUAGAGUUGCUUCCAAACUUAUGGAUCAAGGCAGGAUUUUUAGAUGAAGCUGUUACUGCAUAUCGUCGUGCUCUAAUCAAGCCUUGGAAUUUGGAGCAUCAGAGAUUGGCUGCUGUGCAAAAAGACUUAGCUAAGACCCUACUCUACGGUGGUGUUGAAGUAAGUCUACCCUCUCAGUUGCAAGUGUGGGGUCCAACAACACCCAAGAGUAACAUCGAAGAAGCAAUACUUUUGCUAUUAAUACUCAUGUGCAAGGUGGGAAUUCAGGAAAUUGACUGGGAUGCUGAAAUAAUGGAUCACCUUACUUUCGCUCUUUCCGUUACUGGGAUGUUUGAGUCAUUGGCAGUUCACAUAGAGCAGAUCCUCCCAGGGAUCUAUAGUCGAGCUGAGAGGUGGUACCUUCUUGCUCUGUGUUAUAGUGCAGCAGGACAGAAUGAAGUAGCAUUGAACCUUUUGAAGAAGGCUUGUGGUAGUUCUGAAGCAAAGCAAAGACCUCACUUCCCUUCAUUUUUGUUUGGAGCAAAACUGUGUUCACAAGAUCCUAGCCAUGCACAUGAAGGCAUUAACUUUUCGCGCGAGGUUAUCGAUCUAGCCAAGCAUCGAAAUGAGCAUUUCUUGGAUCAAGGCUAUAAAUUUCUAGGCAUGUGCUAUGGAGCUGCAGCUAGAAUUUCUGUGUUGGAUUCUGAAAGAAGUAUAUUUCAAGGAGAGUCUCUGAAAUUUUUAAAUCGUGCUGUGGAGAAUGGAAAUGGUGGCCCGGAAGCUAUAUUCAGCCUUGGACUAGAAAAUGCGAAGCAAAGGAAUCUGGAUGUGGCUUUUGACAACAUGAUGAUGUACUCAGACAUGACAGUUGGCAGCUCAGGGAGAGGUUGGCAGCUGUUAGCACUUAUAGUAUCCGCACAGCAACGAUUUAAGGAUGCUGAAACUAUAGUUGAUUUUGCUUUGGACGAGGCUGGGAGGAUGGAUCAGCUAGAACUUCUCAGAUUGAAAGCAGUACUUCAAAUUGCUCAGCAGAAACCAAAACAAGCAGUAGAGACCUACAGAAUCUUGCUGGCAUUAAUUCAUGGAAAAAAGGAGCAUUGGCAUCAAGAUAAGAAACUUGGUCAAGCAAUAGGAUUCAGGCAUGAGGCAAUAAAAGAGAAGAAUUUGGAAACAGAAGUCUGGCAGGAUUUGGCUACUAUUUAUGCACAUAUCGGUUCAUUGAUUGAUGCAAAGUCUUGUAUUGACAAAGCUCAAUUAAUAGAAUUUUUUUCUCCAAGAAGUUGGCAUAUUACUGGGAGGUUAUUGGAAGCUCAAUCAUUAUACAAGGAAGCUUUUGUUUCUUUCUCGAUCUCAUUAUCAAUCGAGCCAGAUUACAUUCCCAGUAUUGUUUCAACUGCAGAAUUGUUUCUGAAACUUGGUAUGCAGUCACUUCCAAUUGUAAGAAGCUUUUUAAUGAAUGCUUUGCGAUUGGAUCCCACAAACCAUGAUGCAUGGUUCAACCUUGGAUUAGUUUCAAAAAACGAAGGUUCCUUGCAGCAAGCAGCAGAUUUCUUUCAAGCUGCAUAUGAACUGAAGCUUUCGGCUCCGAUCCAAAAGUUCGAGUAAUUUAGACAUCGAAAAUAUGGAACCAGAAAUUGAGCUCAACUUAGAGCAACAUAGAAAACACACCAGCAGCAACCAAAUGGAAUAAAUACUCAUCCUACGGUUAACCACUACUUUGUUAAUGAUUUGUUCAAAUGUAUAGCUAAUCUAGCACCUUUUUCAAUUCUAUAAAUUUACAUUUAUUCUGUUCAAAUCGAUUUUCCUGGCAAAUGACAAUAGGUGCCAUAUAUACAGUUGAACUUGCCCAUGCUUGUUUCUUUUUUCUUUUGCACCUUUCUGAUAUUUUUUCUGUAUUCUGAAAGGAAGCUACUCUGAUAUUCUUCAUUAUUCCAAUUGAUGCCCAUUUAAGGUA